AUGACCGUAACCCUAGCUUUGAACACCCUCUCCGCCGCCGCCGCCGGCCUUCGGCCCGCCGCCGUCAGAAACACCGCCACCCGUCCGCCGCUGCGGACCCUGGCCUUCGCCGGUGCCUCCCCCGCUGGUGCCGUCGCUCCGGCGAUGUCCCGGAGCCUGUAUGAGGUCCUUCGGAUCAAGGAGACCGCAUCCGCCGCGGAGAUCAAAGGCGCCUACCGCGCCCUCGCCAAGCGCUUCCAUCCCGACGCCGUCUCCUCCGCCGAGGCCGCCGCCGGUGACCUCUCGAUCUGUAGAUCGGGAUCGGGGGACGACUUCAUCGAGAUCCACCGGGCCUACGAGACGCUCUCCGACGCAGCCGCCAGGGUGGAGUAUGAUCGCUCCAUCAUGCGGUUUAGAUUUACCGGCGGUUCCUGGCCGAGGACCCGCCGGUGGGAGACCGACCAGUGCUGGUGA